GCGGCAGCAGCGGCAGAAGCAGAAAGCAGAAAGCAGAGCGCACUCCAAGGCGUGCAGUCGUCGCCGCUGACGUCGGCCCCCCGCGCCGCGCCGCUGACCCGCGGGCCCCGCCGCCCCCACCGCUUUUAUAACCCACGGCCGACGCCCUCGCCUCUGCCCCCCUCCCACAUUCCUAACGCUUCUUCCCGAGUCGAGGCCGCGGACGGCGGCGGCGGCGUGCGUUGGUUGGUCUUCGUCGGGUCUUGGCGCGAGCGAACCCUAGCGAGACAGAGGGGUUGGGCGUGAUGGCGGUGGCGUCGCGGCUGGCGGUGGCGCGGGUGGUCGCGCCGGAGGGAGGCGCGGGCGGGAGGAGGAAGGGGCGGCCGGGGUUUGCGGUGGUUGCGGUCCCCACUGCGGGGAGGAAAGGGAGCAAGCGCGGCGGGGCUGUGGCCGCUAGUCCCCCGACGGAGGAGGCGGCGCAGAUGACGGAGCCGCUCACCAAGGACGACCUCGUCGCCUACCUCGUCUCCGGGUGCAAGCCAAAGGAGAACUGGAGAAUUGGCACAGAGCAUGAGAAGUUUGGUUUUGAUAUUGAAACGUUGCGCCCUAUAACGUAUGACCAGAUUAGUGGCAUACUGAAUGGGCUGUCUGAGAGAUUUGAGUGGGAUAAGAUAAUGGAAGAAAACCAUGUCAUUGGUCUCAAGCAGGGAAAGCAAAACAUAUCUCUAGAGCCUGGUGGCCAGUUUGAACUUAGUGGUGCUCCUCUUGAAACAUUACAUCAAACUUGUGCUGAGGUCAAUUCACAUCUUUAUCAGGUCAAAGCAGUUGGAGAGGAAAUGGGAGUUGGAUUUCUUGGAAUUGGUUUUCAGCCAAAGUGGGCACUCAGUGAUAUACCAAUAAUGCCCAAGGGAAGGUAUGAAAUUAUGAGGAAUUACAUGCCUAAAGUUGGUUCUCUUGGCCUUGACAUGAUGUUCCGCACAUGCACUGUACAGGUUAAUCUCGACUUCAGUUCAGAGAAAGAUAUGAUAGAUAAAUUCCGUGUUGGCCUCGCGCUGCAGCCUAUCGCAACAGCAAUAUUUGCUAACUCUCCCUUCAAAGAAGGAAAACCAAAUGGGUUUCUCAGUUUAAGAAGCCAUAUCUGGACAGAUACUGAUAACAACCGCUCAGGGAUGCUUCCUUUUGUUUUUGAUGACUCGUUCGGAUUUGAGCAAUACGUGGACUAUGCAUUAGAUGUCCCAAUGUAUUUUGUAUACCGGAAUAAACAAUACAUUGACUGUACCGGGAUGUCAUUUCGGGAUUUUAUGGUAGGAAAGCUCCCACAGGUUCCAGGGGAGCUACCUACUUUGAAUGAUUGGGAGAACCACCUAACGACAAUUUUUCCUGAGGUUAGGUUGAAGAGAUACAUAGAGAUGAGAGGUGCUGAUGGUGGUCCAUGGAGGAGACUGUGUGCUUUGCCUGCAUUUUGGGUGGGGUUGCUAUAUGAUGAGGAAUCACUACAAAGUAUUUUGGAUAUGACUGCUGAUUGGACAAACGCAGAAAGAGAGAUGUUAAGGCGGAAGGUACCAGUGACUGGUUUGAAGACACCGUUCCGGGAUGGUUACGUAAGAGAUCUAGCUGAAGAUGUUCUCAAGUUGGCUAAGAGUGGACUAGAAAGAAGAGGAUACAAGGAGGUUGGAUUCCUGAGAGAGGUUGACGAGGUGGUUAGAACAGGAGUGACGCCUGCCGAGAAGCUUCUCAACCUGUACGAGACGAAGUGGCAGCGCAGUGUGGACCCUGUCUUUCAAGAGUUGUUAUACUGAUGCUGAGAAAUAUAUCCUGUAUAACUUCACCGAUCACUGGAUGGGAGUCUUCAGAUUGCCCCAUACAAGAACCCCAUCCUCCAUUCUAUUCCGAAAGCCAGGAGGGCUAACAUGUUUGUUUCUCUGUUUCAGUCGUUGGGAGCUUUUACAACUUUUUAUUUCCCAAUCUCUCCAGGGAGCUGGAACAAACCAGUGUUUGUACCGACCCUGUUUCUUCUUUUCCUGAUGAGUGCUGUAUCCAAAUAAAAUCCAUCUGGUGUAUGAUGGAAGGAACCUGAUUUGCAGAAAAUAAUUUGAAGUGUUCGCGAGUUAAAGCGCUUUAUCGUGCU